AUGGCAUCGUUGUUCAGACCACCUGAACAGACAAAACGAAACGUUCACCAACCAAAAUUACGUUUACCGCCGCUAUUCAACGAAAACAUAAACACCAAUGAGAUUCAACUAUCCACAGAUGGAACAAAUACACCGAAAUCAUCUUCAAAUUUGAACCUACCCAUGUACUCAUCCAUGUCAUCCAUAUCGCCCUCUCCAUCCAUUUACGGACCUAAAUCCUCCUCUUCCAUAAAAUCCAUGAAGAGAAGGCCCAUCCCUCCGCCUAUUCCAUCAGUACCUAUCCUUCAUGGGUCCUCACCCAGGGAAAGCCCGAUAAGAUCCCCCUAUAGACCUCCUCCAACCAUGACACCAACGGAACUCUCCGCAGCAGUCAAAGAUUUAGAAAUAAAGGACAGUACGAAUACUCCCACUACGCUGACGACGAAUAAUAAUCAAGAGUCCAUUUAUAAGAGGAAGGACUUGAAUCAAUCCGUGGACUCCUAUUAUUCAACAUUGUUGUCUGUGUAUGAUGAACAAAGUCAUAGUAAUGUGACGAGCCCACUGAAAGAUGAACCAUUAUCAUUGGAGGGGAAAGACAUAGAUCAAUUAGAUUGUGAAAUGUGGGAAAAGGCAGAUAUGAAAGAGAAGAUAGUUUCAUUAGGUGUCCUUGGUGAAGGUGCCGGUGGAUCUGUGGAGAAAUGUAAGUUAAAACAUGGUAAGAAAGUGUUUGCCUUGAAAAUUGUUAAUACUUUGAAUACUGACCCUGAAUUCCAGAAGCAAAUAUUUAGAGAAUUGCAAUUCAAUAAAAGUUUUAAAUCUGAUUAUAUAGUGAGAUAUUACGGAAUGUUCAACGACGUUAACAGCUCGUCCAUUUAUAUCGCAAUGGAAUAUAUGGGUGGGAAAUCACUGGAGGCAGUUUACAAGAAUUUACUCAGUAGAGGUGGAAGAAUAAGUGAAAAAGUCCUCGGGAAGAUUUCAGAGAGCGUAUUAAGAGGACUUUCCUAUCUUCACGAACAGAAAGUUAUUCAUAGAGACAUUAAACCUCAGAAUAUACUAUUUAACGAAAAGGGUCAAGUGAAACUCUGUGACUUUGGUGUCAGUGGUGAAGCGGUCAAUUCUUUAGCAACUACAUUUACAGGAACAUCCUUUUAUAUGGCCCCUGAAAGAAUACAAGGACAGCCCUACAGUGUUACAUGUGACAUCUGGUCAUUAGGGCUCACCAUAUUGGAAGUUGCGCAGGGGAGGUUCCCGUUCGGAUCAGAUAAGAUAACUGCUACUAUUGCCCCCAUUGAACUUUUAGUCCUAAUCUUAACGUUUAACCCAGAACUGAAGGACGAACCUGAGUUAAACAUUACAUGGAGCAAAGCAUUCAAAUCCUUUAUUCACUUUUGUUUGAAAAAGGAUCCACAUGAACGGCCAUCACCUAGACAGAUGAUUGACCACCCGUGGAUACAAGGGCAAAUGAAGAAGAAAGUAAACAUGGAAAACUUCAUUAAGAAAUGUUGGGAAGUAGUGGGGGCUGAUGAGGAGCACAACUGA